AUGGAUAAAGACGGAUUGGGAAUCAGCAUCAUCGGGAUGGGUGCCGGCGCAGACAUGGGCCUGGAAAAACUGGGAAUCUUCGUCAAAACAGUGACGGAAGGAGGAGCCGCCCACCGAGACGAAAGGAUCCAGGUGAAUGACCUGAUCGUGGAAGUGGACGGAACCAGCCUGGUGGGCGUGACCCAAAAUUUUGCUGCAUCGGUCCUCAGGAACACCAGCGGCACUGUCAAGUUUGUGAUUGGCCGGGAGAAGCCGGGGGAACAGAGUGAAGUGGCCCAGCUGAUCCAGCAGACACUGGAACAGGAGAAAUGGCAGAAAGAAAUGAUGGAGCAGCGCUACAACCCCUACAUGGAAGAGGACGAAGAGACAGGUGAAUAUGCCACCGAUGAAGAAGAAGAGAUGAGCCCUAUGUUUCCUAAUGCCAUCGAGGUGUUUGACCUGGCAGAGAAUGAAGACAUGCUCUCCCCUGUGGAGAUGGACCCAGAGAAACUCGCACACAAGUUUAAGGAGCUCCAGAUAAAACAUGCUGUGACCCAGGCUGAGAUCCAGCAGCUCAAGAGGAAGCUGGCUCACGCUGAGCAGGAUAAGCUGCGCUGGCGGAUGGAGAGGGCUCAGUUGGAGCAGACGGUGAGAGAGAAUAAGGAGCGGAUGGAGAAGUUGGAGGGCUAUUGGAUGGAGGCUCAGAGCUUGUGCCAGGCGGUGGAUGAGCACCUGAAAGAGACGCAGACGCAGUACCAGGCGCUGGAGCGCAAGUACAGCAAAGCCAAACGCCUCAUCAAAGAGUACCAGCAGAAAGAGAUUGAGUAUUUGAAGAAGGAGACGGCCCAGCGCAGAGCACAAGAGGAGUCAGAGGCCAGCCACAAGGUGGAGACAGAAAAUCUCCAGGAGAAGAUUACUGACUUGGAGUCAAAGGUUGGCACUCUGAAGAGCUUGGAGCCGUCGUAAACCUUCCUCUGUGGAAAUGACGGAGAGAACGAAAGAAACGCCUUGAACUCCGCCCACUCUACCCUCCGACCACAUUUUCCCUCCAUGACCUGAAGAGCCUGAUGAACUACAGGAAACAUGCUGAGGGGAUGUUACCGGGGACAAAGAGGGGACAAUACACACUGUACCAGACGCCUGAGGGACGUCUAGCCAUCAGGAGACCCUUUUUAUAGUCAUUCAGUCAUGUUCUCCAUUUCUUUUUAAGCGCCCUUAAAGGUAUUAUGAGCCUCUCUGCUCUCGGCAGGAAUGUAGAAUCUCUUCGUUAAUAAACGUUCACUCGCAUGCUUGCAGGAGAAGAGCGAAACGGUUGCCGGACAAAGACGGCACGGAUGCCCACACGCACCCUUAAUAUGUGUAGGAUGGGAGCGAGAGGCGGCCUGUAUAGCGGUGACUGACAAGAGGACUGUUUGUAUAUAUUCUGGCAUAUAUUUAAAUAUUAAAACCGCUUAAGCAAUGUACUGGGGGGAGGAGAAGGGGUAAGGGCUUUACUUUUCACAUCUAGGCAAAUAAUACAGUGAAAAUUAUCCAUUUUUGCAUGGCAAAAGAGAGUUUUUUUAGGACUAAAUUGGAAAACAGGGUGUGAAAAGUGUAAUCUUGACAUUUAGAGUUAGCAUUCAGGGGCUUCUCAUGUUUGCUUUCUGUGUAAAAGACGUGCUAAUGGAAGUAGAAUGAAUAGGGGCUUAUGGGUGAGGUUUCUUCACAGGUUGUGCUUUAACUCCAGUGCUUGUGGUUAGUUGGUACAGUGUGCCUCGGUCAACCCUGCAAUGUCGUCUGACUCUGACGUGACAGAGUAAGACUUCUGCAUCAAUCAGAAAUAUGGCCUUGUUUUAUUGCUACCCAAAAGCUUUCACCAGCCCUCUUUGUUUAAGCAGACUUGUAGUGUGUUUACUCCAACGUAUUGGUCUCCGGGGGCCACAGUAAGUGCACUCAGAUUGCACUACAGAGAGUCCAGGAGAAUCCUAAAGUUUUCUGCUUAAUUCCUCCUCUGUCUGAUGGACGUGGAUUGGUUCAGUAUUAGCAUUCCAUAUACUAUGAUGUGGAAUCUCCCUUUAGUUGGUUUGUGGUGUUAGAAGCCACUUUUGUCUUUAUGUUGUCUUAAAUGUGUUUUUGUUUUUUAUUGUACUCCUGGGAAAACUGGAAUUUUGACACAGGAAUUUGAGACUUCAAUUAUGUCACCUUUUUCAACUCAAAUCCACAGAUGGCCUCAAGUUAGCAUGUUAGAGAUACCGAGCCUCAUUCAUAGGACACGAGCAGAAUUUAACUGUGAAAUAUUCGUAAAUCCACUCUUGGGGACCAUUCACACAGAACCAAUAAAAAAAACAUGUCUCGAGAUCUUGCGUUUUUUUCCUUUCCAUAAAAAAAGGUUUUGGAGACACGUCCACUAAAAAAGACACUUUUUUUUAAGUAGAACUUAUUUUUAAUUUAAGCACCGUGUUUUAAAAAGCCACAAGACUUGAACUUAAAGGUCAAACACAUCCUAGCACAUGUUGUUUACAUAGAAAAACAACGCAAAAGUAGAGCAGUGAAAUGCAAAAAAAAAAAAAAAGGCGUUCUGUGUGAACCACCUUCAUGUAAAUGUAAGGGAUGGUUCACAGAAUGCAUUUUGCCUUCUAUUGCGCUGCUUUUUUGUUAUGUUUCUCGUAAAACGCAUGAGCUUCGUGUUUUUAACACACUCUCAAGUGUCAACCCUUUUUUUUAUUUGUUAAACUGCGUCACGUGUUUGUAAACAGAAGAACGCCUUCUGUGUGAACGGCCCCCAGUUUGUAGAGCGCAGAUUAUUUUCUUUAGUUCAAUCAGAUAGUUGUGUCCUAUUCUCACUGUUGAGCCUCUUACAUCAACCAUAUUAAUGAAAGAGAAUCAAGUUGUUUUUUCGUAUGACAAAAAACUCUUAUUCCUGGCUCAGUAUUGAAAACCGUAAAGAGUAUUGGAGUUCUUCCCAUUUCCCUCCCUAAAGUGUUUGUGUUGUUCAGCUUUUUAUAAACCGUUCUCAUUUUACGUGAUUUUCAUUCAGUUUUUAGUAUUUUUUUUUUUUUUUACUAUUACAAGUCAUUUUCUGUUUUACAUUGGUUAAAAUGUUGAUAAAGCAACAGGGUAGCACUGAGAUUCAAACGAUGCUGCAGAGUUUCGUGAAACGAUGGUAGGAACAUAAUAGGAAUCUUAAAAUCAUUACUAUUCUGCUAACCUAUUUUGAAUGUCAAUCAUCCUAAACCGCAAUUAGACUGAGUUUAUGUCUGACUUUCAUUGUCAUAGUCACCUAAAAUCAUUUUUCAGGCAAGUGAGAACAAGCACUGACUGGAAACGAUUUUCUCGCUCCAUUAAUUAUGGGACUAUUAUCUCAGUUGUACUGCUCUUAAUUCGUUGACUCUUUAACCCUAUAACUAAGGAAGCCUACUGGGUUGACAAGGACCUUAUUAGCAAAGAUAUUCGAACAAAACGGUCAUAUUUGCUGUGUAUAGUUCUGUUUACUGUGAGCCUCUGUUUGCUGAAAUGUGAUGUGCUGACUAGUACACAACGACCUUGUGUAUGGAUGUCCAAACGGUGGCACGUUCAGCCGUGCGUCACACUGUAGAAAUGAGCAAAUUGGGUUAUUAUGGAGGUAACGGACACUUUGAAUCUUUGAAACGCUUUUAAAUUUCACAUUUUAGUUUAGCUUAGCUUAGCUGCUGCCUUUAAUGAAAGAAUUUGCUUCCAUGUACAGGAAAGAGCUCUGUGUUUUUCUCCUCACUUGCUGGUGUAAUAGUUAGUUCCUCUUUAUUUUUGGUGUCCUACGGUGUAUUUAAAUCUAAUAAUAAAAUGAGUACAAAAUAACAUGUUUAAAGAUGUUACGUUCCAGUGUCGUUAAACAAGCAGCAACUUGCUUAGAUCUAUAUUGGAGGGGAAAAAAGUGUCUACAAAUGCCACAGUUUGUAAUUUGAUUGUAAUUGCCAUAAUUAUGACAUUAGCGCAUUUGUCUGACACCUAACAUAAAGCAGGAACACCGAUUUUAUAGUUGUUUUACGAACUCGACUGUACUGUUUAGUUCCUUUUUUUUAGCCCUGCCAUGUAAAUUGCUACAACAUGAACCGGAGGAAGAUGUUCUCCAUUUGAAAUAAGCGUCAUCAUAUUCAAUAAUUGCAUACGUACUGUCAUAAUAAAUGCAGAAAUGUGCUGA